UCAAUCAUUAUGGAAAUUAUUUCAAUGUAUGACAUUAGCAUAUGAUGAUGAUAUUACAUCACCAAAAUGGAAAACAUUCAAAGGUUUAAAGAUGAAUAUCAAGGAUAAAAUACGAUUAAACAAUAUUAUAUGGCGUGCUUGGCAUAUUCAAUACAUUUCUGGACGUAAACCAGGUGUAUGUCAAUUUUCUUCGAAUAUCGACACUGAACGACAUAAGAAAACGGAAGCUAUAUUAUUAGAGGGAAAAUAUUGGAAAAGACGUGCCGAUGUUGUUAAAGCUGAAUAUAAUAAAUGGCGUCUUUAUUAUCAACAUCUUUCACGUUCAGUAGCUGCAGCUUUUUCCAGCAAUAAUCUUGGUUCUAAUGCAUCACGAAUGUUACCAUAUGAUUGGGAGAAUAAUCUACCAAGAUGGAGUAAUAAUCUAAGUUUGGAUUCACUUUUUACCUGUUCACCAUCCAUAUCAUCGGCAGCGUUCAAUUCUUCAUCUUCAAUCAUUGGAUGUCCAUCGACAAUUAAUACAGGCAAUAAUUUGACUAAUAAUAACAACAAUAACCAGGCUAUGAUUAGUCAAAAUAAUCAAAAUGGCACUAUGCAAAUAUUUAACGAUAAUAUACCAUCAAUACCAUAUACAAAUUAUUUUGAUUAUGCAAGUUCUCGGGAAAUCGCUCGUUCCGGUAUGGGUGCUGAUUUUAUGCAACCUGGUUUGGAACAAUUACAACCAAAUAUUGAUUUUAUUGAUACAUUUGAACAAGAUUUUUUCCCAUUACGUGGUCAACCAACACUAUCAACUGUACCAGAAGAAACGGAACCAGGAUACAAAGAGCCACAAGAAGAUCUUUUAGAUUCUCUAUUCAAUUCUUGUCCAACUACCUCAACGAAUAGUAACAAUAACAAUAAUGAUUUGUCACCGAAAUCUUUGCAAGAUAAUAACUAUUGUCAAUUUGCUUCGGCCAAUAAUUCACCAAAUCAGCAAAUUAAUCAACAACCAUUGACGGCUGUUUAUAAUCCAAAUAAUUAUGGGCAACCAAUUUUCAAUAUAAAUCAACCACAACAACAACUAGUACAAUCAUCAUAUAAAAUGGAAUUUGAAUCGACAAUGAAUACAUCGAAUAAUGGGACAUCAUCAUUAUUCCCUUUUCAUUCUAACAAACUAAUACAACAACAGCAACAAGAAUCAAAUCGUCAAUUGAUUCAAAUGUCCGCAAAUAAUUCAAUCAAUUAUAAUCCAAUGAAUUUUGCAUUUAAUCCAUCAAAUACGAAUGAUAAUACGGCGACCAUUAUGACCACCAAUCAACAAAUAAAUCCCAUAACAAUGCCACUAAAAAAGUUGAUACCAAAUUCAUCACAACAACAAUCACCACAAUCAUCAUCAACAUCACCAAUCAUGAAUCUGGACUUGAAAGAAUUAAAGAAUCAAGCACUUUCAUUAUCUUGUAAAAAUAUAUCACAACUACAGAAUUCCAUUAGCACUGGUGAUGGAACUUUAUCAUCAUCAUCCUCAUCAUAUCAAAUAGCUAAUGAACCGAAUACAUUGUCCAAUAUUGGACGUUCUUUAUCAUUACCAUUAGAUUGUGGCAUUCAAAUUCCGCCACAACAACAAUCAUUGAAUCAUAAUAAAAAAUUCAUCAAAUCCAUACAACAACAACAACAACAGGUAACUGGACCGAUCAUUUCAUCAAUGAUAAAUACAUCAGCACACAAUGAAACAUCAUCAUUCACAAAUGUCCAAAUGGUACCAGCGACAAAUCUGACAAUUCAUAAACAUCAACAACAACAGCAACAACAACAACAACAUACAUUCGUACAGAAUCAACUAUCGCCAUCUUCAUCAUCAUCAUCACCACCACAAUCAUCCAUAGCAACAGCAGCAGCAGCAUUCGAUCUAUCAAAUUCGUCACAUUCACAGAUGAAUAGAAAAUUUCCAUUAAUAAAUAAUGGUAAAAAACCAUAUAGUAUAAAUCCACGUAGGAAUAUAGAUAGUAAUAAUAAUUUUAAGAUAAGAAAUCCAUUGCUAAAGAAUCAUACUACAGCAACAGGUUCAUCGUCAUCAUCAUCAUUAUCAUCAACUCUUGGUUCAUUGGAUUAUAGUUGUUUCAAAGAUCGAAUCCUAAAUGGUCCGGUGAAUAAAUAUUUUCUUGCGAAUAAUAAUAAUAAUAAUACAAGUCCAACACAUGAUGAAAUGAUGACUACGAUGGCAUCAUUUGGUUCAUAUUCAUUUCCAGCUAAUACUAUAAGCUUUAUUGGUCGAAAUGAACAUGAACAUCGAAAUCUACAUAGAGAACAUAGAGAACGAAGAAGAGUUUGCCAUAUAAAUGCUGAACAAAAACGUCGUUGUAAUAUUAAAAAUGGUUUCGAUACUUUACGUAGCCUAUUACCAUCAUUGGCACAGAAUUCAAAUACGAAAAUAAGCAAAGCAGCUAUGCUACACAAAGCAGCCGACUAUAUUCGAGUGUUGAAGAAUGAAAAAUUUGAACAACAAAAAGAAUAUGAAUUACUCAAACAACAGAUUGAUAAUCUCAAUCAUGUCAUCAGCAUAUUUCAGAAUCAGUUACCAACCACUGGUUUACCAAUUGCUGAUGGCCCUAGAAUUGGUCGUCUUAAAGAACAAUAUAUACAAUACGUAAGACAGAAAACGAAUCAAAAUUGGAAAUUCUGGAUCUUCAGCAUAAUAAUGGAAUCAUUAUUAGAUUCAUAUUGUAGACAAAUAGCAACAAAUAAUUUUGAUGAAUUGUGUAAAACAUUAUUUCGUUGGCUUGAUCAAGGCUGUAGUUUAGUUGUACUACGAAAAGAUGUACUAAAUUCAUUAAGAUUCGUAUCAACAUCUACAAAUAUUCUGACCAAUCCAGAAUUAUUACAUGAUGAAAUUAUACAGGCAAUAUCAAUGACAACACAAACAACAACAACAACGACAACAAUGAAUGAAAAUAAACUACAAGGACGAAUAUUGCCCGAACAAUCAUCAUCAAAUGAUUGAUUAUAACCGGAUUUUAUUUUUUAUUUUUUUUACAAUACAAACGGUAACCUAAUUACGAACAUUCGGGCUUAUGAACAACAAAUUGAUCAUUUCCAACGAAAAAAAAACGAAUAUAGAAUCAACUUUAUGGUGAUCAUUUCUUAGCUAUUAAAUAUAAACUGAUGAUAAUAAAUUGUAAUAAAACAAU